AAAACCCUGUGUCCAUCUUUCACCCGCCUUCAUAUUCUUUAUUAUUCCUACAGCUUCCGCGGACUCGCUUGGAUAUGGCGGCAAAGGAAACUGUAAAUAUUCCUCAAAACGAAGUUGAAGUUAUUAUCAACCGCUGGUUGGUGGACUACUAUUAUUGUUGUUUAUUAGAAGUGUUUAAAAAGGACCACUACGAUGACUUCUGUGGCUUUAGAGGUGUUGUUGAAAGUGUGUUGGUCCGUCCUGUGCAGUCCACUGAUGCCACGCCAACAAAGGUCAGAGUAUUGCAGUUUCUCUCCCGGAUAAAUGAAGGCGAAAAACUUGACUUGACAUUUGAGUUGGACCAGUCAAUAACUCCUCUGGAAUCAGCCUUAGCCGUUCUGGAACUUAUGACCAGUGAAAACCUUAUUUUACCGCAGGAUUUCCAGGAGGUCAGCACUUCACUGAAAGAGAUGCUUGUUGGGAUUCUCAUUAAAAACAAAGAGUUUGACAAAGCAAAAGAGGUGCUGAACAAACACUUCCCCAAGAAAAUGGUUGGCAAGAAAGCUAUAUUCACAGGCCUUAUCAGACAGAAGAGUACGAGACAUGAAGUCAUCGAGAAACUCAACUUCCGACAGUUCAAGCAGGAGAUGUUGGCCUUCUGUGAGAGGCUUUGCCCAGUCGGCGUUCCCUUUCUCCACCGGGCUGCAAAAAGGCUUCUUGAUGAAAGAAAAGAAAAGGAAGAUGGCAAGGCAGCCGAAGCUGUUGAGCAAGAGGAACCUGGCCCAUCCUCUCAGCUUCCUGUGAACAUCAUCCAUUUCAUACCAUGUCAACAUUCAGUUAUAAUAAGGACCAGGCUGGAGGCAGCUUACAUAGCUUUGUCUAACGAUUCAGAUGAGAGACCAUUCGCUCAGCUGGAGGCAGAAGUGGAGAGAGAGGAACAGGAAAAAAAAAAGGACAUGUCAUCCCUCCACUGCUCACUUGCUCCAGAGAACAGCACCAAUCAGGACUCAGAGCAGGAACUAAUAUUUCAGAGGGACUCAGGCAGCCCCAUGGAGGCGUCCCCAGCAGACCAAACUCCACAGACAGACGCUGUUCUACAAGAACAGGCAGGUUCACUCUCAAAGACACCAGAGGUGAAGAGGACCAGACGGCCCCCUUACAAUCUGGCACGUCUAGUGGUGGAGCCGGACAGCCAGGGGAGCACGCAGAGCACGCAGAGCACGCAGAGCACGCCAGCUCUUCAAGACCAGCUGGCUGAUUUAAGAACAGAAGAGCGGCCACGGUCAGCAGCUAAAGCCAAGAAAAGAAAUUGGAACAGAGCCGCAACAAAUUUGGCCAAGGAAAUUGAGAAUGACUCAUCUGACGAACUCCAUGAAGAGACAAACAGAUCACUGACAAGCUCUAACAAGUCAAAGAGGAUAUCAUCAGACUCUUCUGAAGACCCACAGGAAUCAUCGUCACCCUGUAAAACACCUGGUAAACGACUGGCCAGGGAUCCUCUCAACAAAGAUCACGCAAAUGCAAGUGACAUCAUGAUCACAGACUCUUCACUGGACAGCCCACCCAUUCGGUUUCCUCUUCGCCCCGUCCCUCGAACGAGCUCCACCCCUCAGAUGAAAGAUGAAGGUUCUUCACAUUCAAAAUGGACAAAGCUUUACCAUAAUGCAAAGGAGAGUAGGGAUACAUGGAGCGAUGAGGAGACAUAUUUCGACAGCCGAAAGAACAGCAAAACACAAGAUGAGAGCAAUAAUUCAAACACAGGCCAGAAGAGGAAGAUGUGGACCGUGGCUGAGACAGACAAGUUAAGAGAAGGGGUCAAAAAAUUUGGAGAGGGAAACUGGAGUAAGAUCAAGGAUUACUACUCCUUCAACGAUCGAACAAAUGUCCAGCUCAAGGACAGAUGGAGAACAAUGAGGAAGUUAAAGCUUGUUUGAGAGGUUCAAGUGAGAGAACAAGGUUUCUUCUGACUUUAUAAACCUUACAAAAAUA